AAAAAAGGUAAGCAUGAGUAAAUACAAAGACAAUAGAUAUAUAAAAGGAAGGAGCAAAGUUAACAGGAGGUUGCGUGGCAAUGGCGAGUGAAGAAGGUAUUAGCAUUAACUAUGCGAUUGCAGGGUGAGUGUCGCGUUUUUCUCUCAUGUGGGUCCAUUCUUUUCUCCUCUAUGAACCUUUAUAAGUGUUAUAUGAGUCACUGAGAAGAAGUGACAAAGAAAACAAAAGAGGAAAAAGUCGUAGCUAAUGAAUUUCACUUGCAUGCCAAAUGAAAAUAGUCUCCUCUUCCACCUCCUUCUCCUCCAAAAAUAAGCAACUAAACUCCAUCAUCUCCGUAGAAAGAACCACAUCCACAUAGUGAUAAUUUAGUUCUCUUUAACAAUAAAGAAUGAGAGUUUCAGCCGAGAAGACGAUGUCGUUGGAGACCGAGGCGGGGCGAGAGAGCAAGAAGAUAAAGCGCAUUCGCGACUCGAGCAAGCAUCCAGUGUACCGUGGCGUGCGGAUGCGGAACUGGGGGAAGUGGGUGUCGGAAAUCCGCGAGCCGCGGAAGAAGUCGCGGAUAUGGCUAGGCACAUUCCCGACGCCGGAGAUGGCGGCGAGAGCGCACGACGUGGCCGCCCUCAGCAUCAAGGGCUCCGCCGCCAUUCUGAACUUCCCCCACCUGGCGAACUCCCUCCCACGCCCGGCCUCCCUGGCUGCGCGCGACGUCCAGGCAGCGGCGGCGAAGGCGGCCCACAUGGAGCCAUCCUCCCUCUCGUCCUUGGUGUCGGCAAUGGACCUGUCCUCUGCCUCAGACGAGUUGACUCAGAUAGUUGAACUCCCGUCCCUGGAAAGCACCGAUGAUGGGUGCGUGGAGUUGGAAAAGGAGUUCGUUUUCGUGGACUCGGUGGACACGUGGAUGUAUCAGCCACCACCCUUUGAUUUUGACGCGGAACGAGACAUUGCCUUGGAGGGUCUGGUGUGGAAUUACUAGGUUCUUCUUCUCUGUCUCCUGGUGUUGUAAAAAUAUUCAAAAUCAUCUCUUUUCUAUGUUUUGGUUGGUUGGUGUGUGUUGUCUUAGCGGUGAGAGCAGCACUUGUGGUUUUUCUUUCAGGGGCUGUUAUUCUUCAUCGUCUGUGUGUCUUUCCUUAACUCCUCUCAUUUUAAUUGUAAAUGGCUAGAACAAAUAAAGUAAGAGGACAACAUUAAUUUGUGUUUC